UAAUGCCUUACGUACAUGCAGUAAACACUUGGGAUAUGUAGAUAAGAGUAGUGCACUACGUAUGUUCCUCCACAUUUGCACUACAUACAUCCUUACAUUUGCUUUUAGGAACAUCAUUCUAAAUGGUCAUUAAGCUGCGACUGAGAUGAGCAGGCAUAUACAUUUAAAAAUUGCACUUGUAUUAAUUUUCAUUCUUGUGCACUUGCACUGGAGUUGCACUGUAGAUAUAUGUCAACCAAGUGAUGACUGCAAAAAUCAAGACGUGUAUGACAGAUCUGUGACAGCAAUCCCUAAAAAAUUCAAAGAUGGAGCCAAUGAAAUAUUUUUUGUAAACAGUCAGAUUCCUGUGAUACCAAAAGGGGUUCUUUCUAAAAACCCUCAAAUAAAGAAAAUUGAAUUUCUCAGUACUUCUACUCACUCUGUAGAGGUUGGAGCCUUUGAGGGUUUGCCUGAUAUCACGACCAUUGAGAUAUCUGGCACAAACGUGACGUCAUUACCUGUGGGUGUUUUUAAGGAUCUCCACAACCUUCAAAAACUUGUUCUAAAAAGCAACAAAAUCCAUAACCUUGAAAACGGGUUAUUCGAUGAUUUAAAAAAACUUCAAGAAUUACAUCUACAUAUGAAUGAGAUCAGCUCUAUUGAGGAGGGGACGUUUGACAAUUUAGAGAAACUCUCACUUCUUCAUCUUGGAAAAAACAACCUUAUUUCUGUAUCGACAUCUCUUUUUUCUAAACUUAAGGGCUUGACCAUUUUCAGGCUUUAUGGGAACCAGCUGACUGCUCUACCUGAUGGGAUUUUUGAUCAUCUUCCUGAUUUGGCAGAGAUAGCCUUGCAUGACAACCAAAUCUCCCUUAUACAGCCAAAUUUAUUUCCACACAAAAGUAAAUUAACAAAACUCUCUUUGGACCAUAAUCUUUUGACAGAACUGCAGCAAGAUCUAUUUGUUGGUUUCUCUUCAUUAACAACUCUAACUCUGCACAACAAUCAACUCAUCAGUCUUCCUGACAUCCUUUUUGGAGAAACGCCUAAAAUAACCCAAUUAAGUCUAAGCCAUAACAAUCUCACUCACAUACCAACUGGAGUUUUUGGUCCACUUAAGAAGCUCAAUAAGUUAGACCUUUCCUCAAACCAGUUUUCAACGAUAUCUGCAGAAUUUUUUGAUGGUCUUGAGAAACUGACUGAUCUGAAUCUUCAAGAUAACAAUAUAGAGUCAAUAAAACAAGAGGACUUUGAAAAACUUCAGUCUCUUUCAUCACUCAAACUGGGAAAAAAUAAACUACAAAGCCUUCCUGGUGAUGUUUUUGAUGCUCUUCCAAAACUCAGUAAACUCUACCUGAACAAGAACCCAUGGCGGUGUGACUGUAACCUGUUGUCAUUCUUUGAAUGGAUGAAGAACAAUGAGGAAAAGAUUAAAUCAAAACCUCCAGAAGUUUGUGAGUCUCCGAAAAAUCUGCAAAAUCAAUCAAUCAUCUCUUUAACAGAAGAACAACUAUGCCUCACAACUUCACCAACUUCCACCCCUCUCCUUACAAGUACCCUUCCCAUGACCACACUACACACAACAACGGCAACCACAACUACUCGAACAACAACUCAACUACCUACAGCACAGACAAGCACACAAGUCAUCACCACAGCACCAACUACUCAUCUCACAACCUUGCUAUUAACCACAACCAGACUGCCUACCACCACUGCUACAACUACAGCUCCAACAACCACAACAGUCCCAACCAAGGUAUCAACAACUACACUACAACCAACAACUGUCCUCCUGACAACUACAAUGAUUUCCACCACACCAACAACGACAGUACAAACAACAACUGCAACUACUUUAGAGACUACAACUAUAUUAACCCCCGCUCCUAUUACAAGUCAAGAGACAACAUCAACUACCUUACCUCCCAGCAUGACUACAACAACACCUUUUCUCACCACACAUAGUUUCAUCUGUGCUGGCUCUCCUCAACCAACUUUCUCAACACCCACUAGCACUAACAAGUAUUCAUCAUGCAAGGAAUUGAUGAUAUAUUAUACUACAAUGCUGCUGGUGGAAAUCUGUUGUACUCUGGUGCUGGCCAAAUUCACAUAUGCAUUAUACUGCUCAAAGGAGCAAAGGGAGAGACUGCACAUCCAGGUCAACUUGACUAACUUCUCCUAUAAUAAGUCCUUUGAAUUCAGACCAUUUGAUGAGACAGAGUCUGUAGCUCUUUGAUGGCUUUUUUUUUUUUCUCCUGAAACUUUGAGUAGCACCUGGUGGUGGUCACUUAUAAGAGUUGACUCUUCCUUAAAGGAAUGAUUUUCCAAACUGCAUAUAUAAUUGAUGCUCAAUGGCGCUUUAUGCUUUCAUUUCAUGACCAUGUACAGUAGGGUCCACAAGUCUGAAUCCACUGUUUGUGUUUUUCUAAUAAAAUACUUCUAUGUUA